UGCGUUGAUACACGCUAGCUUUUGUAAUAAAUAUAACGAUAUUAUGGUAUUAGAAUAAACGUGAGUGAAACUUGAAAACCUCAACCAAAGAAGAAAGAUGAAGAAGAUGUUACGCCUCUUCAAGUCUACGUCAAGAUCUCGAUAACUGUCUGCAAUAAUUGUUAACCUAUCACCAACGGACUCUACUAUGAAACCUGCAAACUCGAAACCACCUGCUGCACUACGUAAACACGUAGGCCGUACGAAACAUGACGACAACGACGACGAUGUAUCUAAGGAACCUGUCAAAGUCUUCUGCCGUUUGAGGCCGAUGACUCGGCCUAACGACACGUCGUGUAUUAAAAUUACGUCCGACACGAGCUUGGUCAUAACGUCGGGAGAAUCGGUAACGAACGUUCGUACCGCGAACAGAGCUAUUCGAACAUGUUUCAGUCACGUCUUUGGCCCGAGCUCCUCUCAAAAUGAAGUGUUCAACGUCGUCGCUUUGCCGCUUGUUCAGAAUCUUAUAAACGGCAGAAACGGUUUACUCUUCACGUAUGGAGUAACUGGGAGCGGUAAAACCUAUACUAUGUCUGGCAGUAUGAACGACGCGGGGAUCAUGCCUCGCAGUUUGGACGUUAUGUUUAACAGCAUAGCGCAUUGCCAAGCGAAAAAGUUCAUAUUUAAACCAGAUAAGCUGAACGGUUUCGAUGUACAAAACGAAAACGAUGCAUUGCUGGACAGGCAGAACGAGCUUCAGAAAUUUGUUAUUCCUACUGGUGGGAAAACUCCUAGAACGUGUAAAGGCGACGGGAAGAACGAGAACAACAAUGAUAUGUUAAACGUCAGCAACGAGCCGCAGACCGUAGAUAUCGACGAGGAUAAUGCAUAUGCAGUGUUUAUCACAUACGUUGAAGUUUAUAACAACAGUGUGUACGAUUUACUAGAAGAGACUGAUGCGAAGGCUAAGACCUUGCAGAGUAAAAUUAUCCGCGAAGAUGGAUACCGAAACAUGUACAUUCACGGGUGUACAGAAGUGGAGGUGAAAAGUUCGGAAGAAGCGUUUGAGGUAUUUCAACGUGGUCAGUGCAGAAGACACAUCGCGUACACUAAUCUUAAUGCAGAAUCAAGCAGAUCUCAUAGUGUUUUUACCAUAAGGCUCGUUCAGGCACCGCUGGAUAAACAAGGUGAACAAGUUGUUCAAGACAAGCGGACAGUCUGUAUUAGUCAAUUAUCAUUGGUAGAUUUAGCCGGAAGCGAGCGUACGAACCGCUCGAAAAAUACUGGUCAGAGGCUUAGAGAAGCAGGAAAUAUAAAUAAUUCAUUAAUGACGCUGCGCACUUGCUUGGAGAUACUUCGUGAGAACCAGACACAGGGAACGAAUAAAAUAGUUCCGUAUCGAGACUCGAAGAUAACACAGUUGUUUAAGAAUUAUUUUGACGGUGAUGGAGCCGUCAGAAUGAUCAUCUGCGUCAAUCCUAGUAUCGAUGAUUACGACGAGACGAUCCAAGUGUUGAAGUUCGCCGAAGUAAGCCAAGAAGUGCAAGUUACGAAUUCGGCGAGCUCGAAAUUGGAUUUAGGAUACACACCUGGUAGAAGACAAGCUAAUAAAAUGUUCAAAGAAGCCAGGAAUAGGCUGGAAUGUGCUGGUCAUCGAGAUGCUGCCGAGUUGGAAGUUGAUUUAGGUUUAGUGUACAGCCUCGGAGGACCGUUUCCAGGAAUGGACGUGACAAAUCCGCAUAACGACGAAAUCAUUACGACGCUUAUGCGAUUCUUAGAAUUGCGUAUACAAAAACGGAACGUUUUACGCGAGGAUCUAAAACAGAAACAGAAUGAUUUUAGAAACAUGUUGGUGAACCUAGAACGAGAAAACGUAUCAUUGAAAAUCGAGAAUUCUACGUUGAAAGCGAUGGACGAUCAACAACGCAAGAAGAUAACCACGUUAGAAGCGCACAUCUGUAAAACGGAAGCUCAAAUCGACACGUUGUUAUACAGAUUAAAUAGCGCGAACGAACUGAUCAGGCACAUGAAGCAAGAGUUGAAAGACAAAGAUACGUUAUUGAAUCAACGUAUAACGGAUAAGCAAAGAGUCAAGGAAAAAUAUUCUAGCAGAAUUCAAGCAGAGACUAAUAAAAUGAGUAAGGAAUUGGAAAGUAAACUACGUCGGCAGCGUGAGAUUCUCCAGAAUCAAAUGAAACAAAAGGAGGACAAACUGAAGUUAGUGAAGCAAAUAUUAAGCGACGAGGACGUGGACGUAAACGUGAAAGAGAGAUUAGAAACCGAGGAUCCGACAUCAGUGAUGAGCGACGCUGAAAUACCCACAGGCUCUGAGGCUACUACCAGUGUUUCGGAGCCGAUAAUUUCUACGCCGAGGACGAUUACAAGACCAAUUACCAUGGUUCAGUCUGAACAUCGUAGCGACGCUCGACUGAGUAGAAAGGAGAGGAUUCCGGUAGUGAAUUUACGGUACAGGCGGUCGCAGAGCGCAGACAGAUGGAUCGAUCAUCGGCCCCCUGGCCUAGCUCCGGUCGGGACUAUACUUCAACCGUUUAUUCGUCGCAAACGAAGCGUUACGCAAUUGACCGAUCCGAAAGACAUAACGAGCAGAGCGUCCAAGUAUUGCCUCGUCGCACAGGAGCAAGACACGGAUGGUGAACUUGAAACGAAAUUAUACAAAGGGGACAUACUGCCGACCAGUGGGGGAGGUGCGCAGGUCGUGUUCAACGAUAUGGAGCAUUUGAAACAAGUUUCGCCUGUUUCAAGAAGGAAACGCAGCGGUUACUUGAGCCCGGAGAAAAAUGUUGCUUCCGAGGCAAAUUCGGAAGACAGUUCGAAAAAGCCCCGAAUAUAACGUUUUACCGAGCAUUACGCCCUUAAGUAUAAUUUAAACCCAUCGAUUUUACUUUAACGAUCGCAAUAUUUAGUAUAUGUUUGUUUAUAGUUUCAGAUGAAAUGCGUGUAUCUUGUUUAAUUUAGUUAUAAAAAAAGCACUUUAAUUUUUGUUCAAAAGCUA